CCACGUUGGCCGCGCAGGCGCGCUGGGCGCGUCGCUCUCCUGCCGGGCCUCCGUCGUCGCUGUCUCCGCUAUCGCCGCCGCCGCCGCGGCUGUAUGGAUGGGGGCGCGGGGGGCGGGCCGAGGCGAGGUGGGGAGGGCGGGGAGCGGAGCCGGAGCCAGAUCCGGGAGCAACAGCAGCCGCGGCCCGGGGCUGAAGGGGACGAAGCCGCCGCCGGCGCCGCAGUGUCCGUGAGGCCUCCGUGGGGCCCGGUCUAAGGCACCAUGUUCAAGAAGCUGAAGCAGAAGAUCAGCGAGGAGCAGCAGCAGGCGGCGGCCCAGGUCCCUUCUAGUUCACCUGUACCAGCAGGGACCAGGAGCCGGACAUCUUCUCUUGCAGAGCAAUCUGAUGAUGGUACACCCAACAGAGAGCUUCUAGCUGGGAUUUUAGCAGAGCCUGCUUUUCUCUCUGAGUAUACUAUCUUUGCUUUGGAUUCCUCCAAACAACCCAAACCACAGAUUGACUGUGUGACUGCAUCCAGCUGCACAACUCCAAAAUCAGUCGAUGGCAUUAAUGGAAAUGAAACAGCUUCUCAGUCAGGUGAUAUGCAGUCUUUUGCACAGAAGCUCCAGCUCCGGGUUCCAUCGAUGGAGUCUUUAUUUCGCAGUCCAAUAAAGGAAACCCUGUUCCGUUCUUCUUCAAAAGAAUCUCUGGUACGAAGUUCUUCGAGAGAAUCACUGAAUCGACUUGAUUUUGACUCUUCUACAUUUGAUCCCCCAUCUGAUGUUGAAAGUGAGGCUGAGGAGGCCUUGGGAAAUACAGACAGUCUCAGUAAAGAGCAGCUCUUUCAGCGACUGCGUAGGAUGGAGCGAGGCUUAAACAGUUACCGAGGAAAAUAUUCAGAGCUUGUUACUGCCUAUCAAUCUGUCCAGAGAGAAAAGAAGAAGCUACAGGGUCUUUUGAGCCAGAGUCAAGAUAAAGCUCUUAGGAGAAUUGGAGAAUUAAGAGAGGAGCUCCAAAUGGACCAACAGGCCAAGAAACAUCUGCAAGAAGAGUUCGAUGCAUCACUAGAGGAGAAGGACCAAUACAUCAGUGUUCUGCAGACUCAGGUUUCACUAUUGAAGCACCGAUUGCAAAGUGGCCAGAUGACUGUGGAGUUAUUGAAACCAGCCUUACAAGAGGAGAAGCAGCAGCAGCCUGAGAGCCUCCCCAAAGAAGCCAAUGAAGAGAAUGUGCAGAAUGACUUGGACCAUGGAGUGUCAGCAGAGGGAGAUGGAGAUGCUGCCAAAACAUUAGAGACUCUUCAGCAGAGGGUGAAGAGACAGGAGAACCUCCUUCAGCGGUGUAAAGAAAUCAUUAAGUCCCACAAGGAGCGAGCAACCCUCCUAACCAACGAGAAGGAAGCCCUUCAGGAGCAGCUUGAUGAAAGGCUGCAGGAGCUGGAGAAAAUGAAGGAACUUCACAUGGCCGAGAAAACAAAAUUGAUUACCCAGUUGCGGGAUGCGAAGAACCUGAUAGAACAGCUUGAACAGGAUAAGGGAAUGGUGAUAGCAGAGACCAAGCGUCAAAUGCACGAAACACUGGAAAUGAAAGAGGAAGAGAUUGCUCAGCUUCGGGGUCGAAUCAAGCAGAUGACUACCCAGGGAGAGGAGCUCCGAGAACAGAAAGAGAAGUGUGAAAAAGCCGCUUUUGAGGAACUCGAAAAAGCUUUGAGCACAGCACAAAAAACUGAAGAAGCCCGGAAAAAAAUGAAAGCAGAAAUGGAUGAACAGAUAAAAGCAAUUGAAAAAACAAGUGAGGAAGAACGCAUAAAUCUGCAACAGGAGCUAAGCCGGGUUAAACAAGAAGUUGUAGACAUUCUGAAGAAAACAUCUGAAGAGAAGAUUGCUCAUCUACAGAAGAUGUAUGCUGACGAACUUGUGAACAAGGAGAAGGAGCUCAAUGAGAAACUUCAGGCUCGAGAAGAAGAAUUCCAGAAGCGGUUGAAAGCAGCUCUUGAAAAUAACCAAACAGAAUAUUUGAAGACCACUCAAGAAAAAGAGCAGCAAGAAUCCUUAGCUCUCGAAGAAUUAGAAUUGCAGAAAAAAGCUUUACUCUUAGAAAGUGAGAACAAGCUUCAGGACCUACAGCAAGAAGCAGAGACCUAUAGAACUAGAAUUCUGGAGUUGGAAAGCUCCUUGGAAAAAUGCUCUCAAGACAGCAAGAAUCAAGCAGAAGAGGUAGCCUUUCAAAUGGAAUCGGAGAAAAGCAAGCACAGGGCAGAAAUCACAGUCAUGGUGGAAAACCAUAAAGCAGAAUUAGAAAGUUUGCAGAAACAACAGGAGCAGCUUUGGACAGAGAAAAUGCAAGGCUUAGUGCAGCGUCACCAGACUGAAAUCGAGAAAUUGAGGGAGAAAUAUGAACAAGAACAAGAGUCACUAUUAAAAGAGAAGGAGACUGUUUUCCGGGGACACAUAGAAGAGAUGAAUGAAAAGACAUUAGAAAAGCUUGAUGUGAAGCAAACAGAAUUAGAAGCAUUAUCUCUGGAGUUGGCAGAAGGAUUAAAAGUUCGCCAGAAUCUGGAAAAAGAGCUUUCUGUCUUAAAGAAUGAAACAGAUCUAAUAAAACAGGAGUUUGAGAAAAAAUUAGAUGAACAGAGAAUUCAGCAUCAGCAGCAAGUUGACAGCAUGAUCAAAGAGCAAAAAAUAUCUGUCCAGAAUAUUGAGAAAAUAAUGAAAGAGGAAAUCAAUGAACUGGGGCUUCUUUUAAAGGAAAAGGAGCGACACUUGGAAGAACAGCAAGCACAACAGCAAAAACUAGAGGAAUCCAUUAAAAAGGCUGAAACUGAACUUAAACAGGCAUCUGAUAAGAUGGAUAUUUUUCAGUCACACCAAAAUAACUCCAAUGAGCAGGUUAAAGCUUAUGAAAGGCAGCUGAUGGAAUUGCAACAAAAAUGGACUGAAAUGAAAGUAGAGAAAGAACGUCUUGAACAACAUGUCUUAGAGACUGAUGCGCAUGAGUGUCAGCUCAAUGCUCAAUUGGAUUCUUCCAAAACUCAGGUGCAAGACUUAAGGCUGCAGCUAGAGAAACACAGUCAUGAAAUGGAUCAAAAACUAGUGUCUCUAACUGAUCGAUAUGAGUCUCAACUAAGAGAUCUGAGCACAGAACACGAACAGACGAAGCAUAAUUUGGCUGAAAGGGAAAAUGAAAUUUUACACAUGAAAGAACUACAGACCCAGGAAGUGGACAAUUUCAGGCAGAGAUUGUUAGCCAAAGAAGAAAGCCUGAAGACUGUAGAAAAAGAGUACCAAAGCAAAUUAAAGAAUCAAGAAAUCAAGAUGGAAAAAAUUAAGCAGAAAGCCAAGGAAGUGCAAGAAACCUGCAAGAAGAAACUGGCUGAUCAGGAAGCUAAGCUGAAAAAGGAACUUGAAAACACACAGAUAGAGUUCAGCCAGAAGGAAAAACAGUUUCAUGAAAAAAUGUUGGAGAUGGCCCAGGCCAGUUCUUCUGGAAUGAAUGAUGCAAUUUCAGAACUGAAGAAGAACCAAGAGGAGCAAGUGGAAAAUCUUUUAGCUGCACAUCAGCGGGAACUGAAUGAAACAGUGUCAAAUUGGGAAAAGAAAGUCAGUGAGCAGGCAGAAGAGCUUCAAGAGAAGCAUGAGAGAGAGCUUCAGGAGAAGGAGCAAGAAGUGGCUGAACUCAAGCAAGAACUUCUGGCUGUCCAGGCUGACAAAGAGCUGGCCAGUAGAGAAGCCACCUUUCUGAAGGAAGAAGGCGUGAAGCAGGGGGUACUGGUGGUUGAGUUACAGGAGCAGCUAAAGCAGAAAUCUGCUGAGAUAAAGACACUGACCCAAAACGGAACUGACAUGAAGGGCCGGCUUGAAACACUGCAGGCUGAUUUGAGUCAGUCUGAAAAAGAGAGAGCAUCUCUUCAUGAACAGCUCCUUGAGUUGAAGACACUGGAAGAAAAUGAUAAGCUUAAGUUUUUGGAAGUGACUGAGAAGCUGAAAGCCACUGAAGAGCAACUCCAGGCUUUAAAAUCUACAUGUGAAGGAUAUGAGAAGGAAAUCGAGGCCAAACACUUGCACUUUGAGAAAUUGUCAGAAAAACUAGCAGCAGAACUCUGCAUGUACUGCCAGGAAGCUGAAGUCUUACUACAAACUAAAACUAGUGAACUGAUUGAGAAGAGCAGCAGUAAGAUCAAUGCUGCUCUUUCGAGAAUUUCUUAUUGCCAACUUCAGACAGCAAAGGUGAAAGAGGUGAUGCUAAUCCAAACCCUUAAAAUCCCUGAAUUAGAAGCAAAGCUCAGACAUGUGACAGAACAACAGGAUGUAUUAAGUAGUUCUUUACAACAAUCAGUUCAUCAGUUAGAAGAAAAAGAAAAUCAGAUCAAGAGCAUGAGAGCUGACAUUGAAGGCCUUGUAACAGAAAAGGAAGCCUUACAGAAAGAAGGAGGACAUCAGCAGCAGGCAGCCUCUGAAAAGGAAUCUUGUAUCACUCAGCUAAAGAAAGAACUGGCUGAAAACAUGAAUGCUGUCACCCUGAUGAAAGAGGAGCUUCAAGAAAAGAAAGUGGAAAUUGGCAACCUCCAUAAGCUUGUGAGCGACCUGAACACUCAACUUCAGAACAGCAUUAGCUUCACAGAAAAAGAAGAAGCUGUGUCUUUGAUAAAUAAGCGGCACAAAGAUGCCCAACUAGAACUGCUCAAUCAAAUCCAAGCUUUAUCCUCGACAGUUGACACUUUGAACAAGGAGAAAGCCUCAGCUCUUGAACAAGUGGAUCACUGGAUGAAUAAAUUCUCAGAUUGGAAAAAGAAAGCUCAGUCAAAGUUUACACAGAAUAAUAAUGCUAUUAGAGACUUGCAGAUGCAAUUAGAAUUAAAAACAAGGGAUGUUAGUGAAAAAGAUGAACAGAUAAAUUCAUUAAGAGAGAACCUUGAUCAGGAAAAAAAAAGUGUUGAAAGUUGGAAGAAUGAAUUGGAAGAAAGUGAGAGUAAGAAGGAGAAACGCGAGGGUGAUUUACUAGCUGAGUUAAAUGUCCAGUCAGCAAGAAUUGCAGAGUUAGAGGAACACAUUAGCCAGAAAAUGACAGAAAAUAUUUGCUUAACUGAGGAACUUAAAAGACACUGUGAAAGUGAAGAGAAGCUUCAGCAUGCCCGAGAACUGGGAGAAGAGCAGGUGCUGCAGCUUCAGAAGCAGGUGGAUUCCAUGAAAUCUGAGCUUGAGGCUCAGCAGAGGGAGAUGGAGCUUGCCAUCACUUCCAGUGGGAAGAGCAAAGAGGAUGAGUUAAAGGUGCUGCAGGAACGACUGGAGGCAGAAAAUGCUGCCAGGUUGGCAGAACUGAAGAAGAAGGCAGAGCAAAAGAUGGCCGCCAUCAGGAAGCAGCUGCUGUCCCAGAUGGAAGAAAAGGAAGAACAACGAAGAGAUGCAGAAAACCAGCUGAGGGAGAUGACCCAACAACUGCAGGAGAGAGAACGUGAGGUUCAGCGCCUCCAUGAGCAGCUUGGACUCAUGGGUGGAAAGGUAUCCGAGCAAGCAGGAGAGGCUAUGACUCUAGUGGCCUCCUCCAGAGAGCCCUCUGUGCAUCCAGCAGAGGGGGAGAAUGACACUGAGAAAACGUGUCAGGCCAAGGCACAGGGGCUUCGGACAGAGUCAGAGCUGGAGGAGAAAGUGGUGGUCAGUCAUCUUCAAAAUGAACUUGAGGAAAAAAGCAGAAGUUGUCACUCCCUCAUCGCUGAGGAGCAUGGUCUGGGUAAAAAUGAUGGCACUGGGCAGCAGCAAGACUUGGAGAAUGUCACUGGAAUGGUGGAUGAGGCCCAAAUGGGCCAGGCUUUGGAGGAAGAGGUAAAGACAUCAGACGCCUCCUUGGCAAGCAAGUUGCAAGAACCCAGAGUUGGAGUGGAGCUGCAAACAUCCAGUCACAAACAAUUAAAGGCUUCUCAGAAGCUGGAGGAGAGAGGGGAGCCUAUGGAAGUUGUAGGGGAAGGAGGUGAAGGGAGCAUGGAGGUCUCCAUGACCCAGAUCCAGCCACUCCCUGGCUUGCAGAGCCAGCAGGAUGGCCUCAAGUCUGAGCUAGAGGAGGCUGAGCGUGAUAGACAGAGGCUGCGAAAGGAGAUAAAUCGCUUGCAGAGAGAUCUGCGGACUCUGAGGAAGGAGCAUCAGCAAGAGUUAGAAAUCACCAAGAAAGAGUGUGAAGAAGAGAUGGAAAAGAGAAUAAAAAUGGAGCAGGAAGACAGUGAGCUGAAGCAUAACUCGAAGUUAAAACAACUAAUGAGGGAAUUUAACACCCAGUUGGCUCAGAAGGAACAAGAACUAGAAGCAACAAUCAAGGAAACCAUCAGUAAGGCUCAGGAAGUGGAGGCGGAGCUCUUAGAAAGCCAUCAAGCAGAAACGAGUCAACUGCAUAAAAGAAUUGUGGAUAAAGAGGAAGAUUUAAAAAGAACAGCCAAAAGAUAUGAAGAAAUCCUUGAUGCACGAGAAGAAGAAAUGACUGCGAAGGUGACUGAACUUCAGGCCCAGCUGGAACAGCUACAGAACGAGUGCAAGCAGGGAGGCCACCAGGAAGAGGGGAAUCCGAGCAGUGAGAAAGUAACAAUAAUGGAUCUCCAGACCCAGCUGGCCCAGAAAACCACUCUGGUCAAUGAUUCCAAGUUGAAAGAGCAGGAGUUCAGAGAGCAGAUUCAUACAUUAGAAGACCGUUUAAAGAAGUAUGAGAAAAACAUAUAUGUUACAACAGUGGGGACACCUUACCCAGGGGGGAAUCUGUGCCAUGCUGAUGUCUCUCUAUUUGGAGAGCCAACUGAGUUUGAGUACUUGAGAAAAGUGCUCUUUGAAUAUAUGAUGGGUCGUGAAACGAAGACAAUGGCAAAAGUCAUAACUACAGUCCUGAAGUUUCCUGCUGAUCAGACUCAGAAAAUCUUAGAACGAGAAGAUGCCCGGCCAAUGUUUGCUUCAGCUCGCAGUGGUAUCUUCUGAAUAAGCCAUCAGUCUGUGCUUAGUUAGCAUGUGGUCAUGGCUAAGAUUGUCAUCUUGAAGAAAUUGGGAUGAAGAACAUUCUUUGAUCAUGCUGCUUAAAAAACUGUCCACGUCUCUGUUGUUCUUUGAGAAAAGGCAUGACGGCUGACAAGCUGCUUUUCAGGUCCCUGGGAGAGGCAGCGCAAAGGCAAAGGAUGACACUGGAUCAUGGAUACAGCUGAGCCUUCCUUUGAAGGUGUUCUCUGUAGGGGUGACCUGGGACUGCUGGCUCUUUCUCCUCAUUUGGGGGAAUAGGACAUGAUGAAUGAGUGAAUCCCAUAUAUGAUCUCAGGAGAGAUUCUCUCAUCCCUUUUUCUUUCCUCCCUUUAAGAUUUAAACUUGAGGGUUUGCCUCUUCUAUUUAUUUAUUUUAGGGUGAUUUUUUUGGGGAGGGGGGGUUUGUCUCUGGUUUAGUUUACUUGUGCAAUACAUUUGGAGGUGGAAUUUCAUAGAUUUUUUUUUCCUGAUGAAUUAGAUCGAUUUAACUAUGUUAUCCAGAUUAGAUUUGUUGAUUUUUUUGCUAAAGACUAGUUCUUUAAGCUUUUGCUUCUGAUAAUUCAAAUGGCAGUACCUCAUUUGUUUACUUUGCUUUUGUACUUAUAUUUUCCAGGAAAAAAAUAUUGUAAAUUGUAAAUAGUUAAUACAGAAUUGUAUUAUAUGUUGAUCUGUGACCGUUGGCAAUGUCAAUCUAGGAUGAACAGAGAAAAAAUAAAGUUUUAUUUACUGUAUAAAACUCA